UCCAGCCACCAAACAGCUCCCCGAGGCAUCGGCAGUGCUCCUAAAAUGCAUCCACACGUACAGAUAAGCAUGAGUAGUUGAAAAACAGAUACCAGCACCUGCCCACGCCCCUCGCUGCAACGAAAGAGCCUUUGGGUGAGCUCCGGCACAGCGCGAGAGCAGAAACGCGAGCGGCUGAGUUACCUAAUGGUUGACUCUGGCGACCGGGCGCCAGGACUCCUGGGCCCCAUUCCUACACCUCGCCCUUUCUUCCUGCCUGAUCUUUGCCAAAUCAAUUCUUUAUGCCUCCGUUCCACCGACCGUGUAUCUGCCCAUCUGUUGAGGACAGUGCGAGGGCUGCGGGGAGAGAUUCAGCUUGGAGAUCACAUCUGUGCAUGUUUUCAGGACUCCUGCGCUGUCGUAUUUUCAGGUUGUUUUCUUCGUGUGCUUUACAGCACUUUGCGUGCGCUCACCUGUGCUUCUGCUUUCCCGUAAUCAGUUUGGCCGGAGGGGGACGAAUGUGGGCGUAAAACCCCGGGCCCGGUUGGGAGCAAGGGACGGGUAUCAGGACUCAAAUGGCUUUGGUCUUGUGUUUUUUUUAAUGGACUGGCCGGGUCUUCUUAGCCCUGUAGCGCUGCUCUGCAUGCACGAUUUCUUCCCCUGGCCUUUCCCAGCGCCCUGGUGCAAGGGGCUGUACAAAUGCAGAGCAAAGACAGCAGUUUGGAGAGUGCUUUGUGAAGAAAGACACUGGAGAAAGUCAGGGUGGCUUGGUUGUUCGGGUGGCUCAGAUAAAGUAUUGCCCCGUCAGUUUUGCACACGGCGGAUCUGAUCCCGCAUUUCUAACACCCCGAGCUCCACCUGACAGCACCGGAGUUGGAGAUGUCCCAGGUGGACAAGAUUGGCAACAAACCUGUGCCGAUUCCCCUUGUGUGAUCCCUGGCUUUGGGAGGCAUCAAGCUCUUUAUUUUUAAUUUUUUUUUUUAACUGUAAAAUGCAAGCUUCUCCAUGGCUUCUGCUGUCCGUGGGGUUAAAAAGUCCUGCGCCUGGAAGCUGGGAAUAGCUGGGAAUUGGAGCACGGCCCCUUUAACAGCCCAUUGCAUGGCGUUAGAAUAUAGUCUUUGUUUAACUAGUGCUGAUUGUUCCCAGUGGACCGGACUGGAACGGUUUGCUGAGACCAGAGGGGUCUCAGGCUUGGGGCCAACAGUCAGCUUACAGAUCAGAGCUGUUCAGACCAUACAAGGAGGAAAAAGAGAGGCGCAGCGUGAUCUCUGCACUUCCUGCCAUGGGUUUUGGAGUUUAUAUUAAAUGCUGCUUCCUGGUUCUGGAAAGUGUGGGAGGACAGAUUGCGCGAUGAUCCCAUCUAAUGCCGAGACUGAAAGAAUCGCGCUCCCACGAGUCUCUGCUCAGUCCCAGUAGUGCUGUCGAGGCUCUGGAUCUCAGCAUGGAGGAGGAGGUGGUCAUCAAACCAGUCCACAGUAGCAUUUUGGGACAGGACUAUUGCUUUGAGGUGACGACUUCAUCAGGAAGCAAGUGCUUCUCCUGUCGUUCUGCCGCAGAGCGAGAUAAAUGGAUGGAGAACCUGCGGCGUGCUGUGCACCCCAAUAAGGACAACAGCAGAAGGGUAGAGAAUAUGUUAAAGUUAUGGAUUAUUGAAGCCAAGGACCUGCCAGCCAAGAAAAAGUACUUGUGUGAAUUAUGCCUGGAUGACGUUCUUUACGCACGAACUACCUGUAAAUUGAAAACUGACAAUGUCUUUUGGGGGGAGCACUUUGAAUUUAAUAACCUCCCAUCACUCAAGAACAUUACCGUGCACUUGUACAAAGAGACCGACAAGAAGAAGAAGAAAGACAAGACCAACUUCAUCGGGCAGGUGAACAUCCCCGUGGGCUCUGUCACGGGCCGGCAGUUUGUGGAGAAAUGGUACCCCGUGGUCAGCCCCAACCCCAGCAAAGGCAAGUCUGCAGGGCCCAUGAUCCGCAUCAAGUCCCGUUACCAGACCAUGAGCAUCCUCCCCAUGGAGAUGUACAAGGAGUUCGCCGAGUACAUCACCAACAACUACAUGGUGCUGUGCUCUGUGCUGGAGCCUGCGCUGAGCGUGAAGAACAAAGAGGAGAUGGCUUCGGCCUUGGUUCACAUCCUGCAGAGCACCGGGAAGGCCAAGGAUUUCUUGACCGACCUCAUGAUGUCUGAGGUGGACCGCUGCGGGGAGAACGAGCACCUCAUCUUCCGGGAGAACACGCUGGCCACCAAAGCCAUCGAGGAGUACCUGAAGCUCGUGGGGCAGAAAUACUUGCAGGAUGCCUUAGGGGAGUUUAUCAAAGCGCUGUACGAGUCCGAUGAAAACUGCGAGGUGGAUCCCAGCAAGUGCUCGUCCUCGGACCUUCCCGAACAUCAGAGCAACCUGAAAAUGUGCUGCGAGCUGGCCUUCUGCAAAAUCAUCAACUCCUACUGCGUCUUCCCCAGGGAGCUCAAAGAGGUCUUUGCUUCGUGGAGACAAGAGUGCAGCAACCGCGGCCGCCCGGAUAUCAGCGAGCGCCUCAUCAGUGCCUCCUUGUUCCUCCGGUUCCUCUGUCCAGCCAUCAUGUCCCCUUCCCUCUUCAAUCUCCUCCAGGAGUACCCCGACGACCGCACUGCACGCACUUUGACCCUCAUUGCCAAGGUCACGCAGAACCUCGCCAACUUUGCAAAAUUUGGCAGCAAAGAGGAAUAUAUGUCCUUUAUGAACCAGUUUCUGGAGCACGAAUGGACGAACAUGCAGCGAUUCCUCCUGGAAAUUUCCAAUCCCGAGACCAUCUCCAAUACAGCUGGCUUUGAAGGCUACAUCGACCUUGGCCGAGAACUGUCCACGUUGCACUCUCUGCUCUGGGAGGUCAUUUCUCAGCUUGAACAGGCAAUGGCAACGAAACUGGGGCCUCUGCCUCGGAUUCUGAGGGACGUCAACACGGCGCUCAAUAACCCGGCAUGCGUGCAGGUCUCGGUCACGGCCGACCACACCGCGUCCACGCCCAGCGCUGGCAACAGCAUCUCUGCGGGGCUGCAGAAAAUGGUGAUAGAGAAUGACUUAUCUGGUCUGAUAGAUUUCACCCGGUUACCGUCUCCCACCCCUGAAAACAAGGACUUGUUUUUUGUCACAAGGUCUGCUGGGGCCCAGCCCUCCCCUGCCCGCAGCUCCAGCUAUUCGGAGGCCAAUGAGCCUGACGUGCAGAUGUCCAAUGGCAGCAAGAGUUUGUCCAUGGUGGACUUGCAGGACAAUCGCGUCUUGGACGGCGGGGCCAACGCGCCCGGGACUGCUGACUCUCUCAAUGACAGUCAGUUGUCCAUCGGGCAGUUACAGGGCGUAUGGACCACACGAACUCAGCAGAACAAUGUGGCGGGCAUGGCCACGGUGCGCCGGGUCGGCCAGACCCCCACCACCCCCAAUGCCGAGAGCGCUCCUGGCCGGCCCCAACUCCUGGCACCGCUGUCCUUCCAAAACCCGGUGUACCAGAUGGCUGCCGGGCUGCCGCUGUCGCCCCGCGGCCUGGCGGACUCGGGCUCGGAGUGCCACAGCUCGCUCAGCUCCCACAGCAACAGCGAGGAGCUGACGGCCAACAAGCACGGCUUCGUCGCACCUGCGGCAGCCGAGGACUUUGCCCGGCGGACGGGGGAGCUGGCCCGCCGGCAGCUCUCGCUGACGGAGAAGGGCGGGCAGCCCACCAUGCCCCGGCAGAACAGCGCCGGGCCACAGAGACGGAUAGACCAGCCGCCUCCGCCCCCACCGCCCGUCACCAGGGGCAGGACGCCGCCCUCGCUGCUCAACACGGUCCAGUACCAGCGCCCGUCCAGUGGGAGCAUGAUGUCCUCCUCGCCCGACUGGCCGGGUAGCGGGGCCCGUCUGCGGCAGCAGUCCUCCUCCUCCAAGGGCGACAGCCCCGAGAUGAAGCAGCGCACCAUGCACAAGCAGGCCCCUUCUCCUGUGAACCCCAAUGCCCUGGACCGCACUGCUGCUUGGCUUUUGAAUAUGCAGUUUGUAGAAGAUGAGAGCAUUGACCCAGAUUCCAAGCACAGGGAUAAGCACGAGCUCAGCCAAGCAGAAAAGUACCAGCAGGACCUGGUAGUGCUGCAGGACAAGCUCCGCAUCUCCAACAAGAAACUGGAGGAGUACGAGAGCCGCUUCAAGUGCCAGGAGGAGACGACGCAGAAGCUGGUGCUGGAGUACCAGGCCCGGCUGGAGGAGAGCGAGGAGCGGCUCCGCCGGCAGCAGGAGGAUAAAGAGAUCCAGAUGAAGGGGAUCAUCAGCAGAUUGAUGUCGGUGGAGGAGGAACUAAAGAAAGAUCAUGCAGAAAUGCAGGCAGCCGUGGACUCCAAGCAGAAGAUUAUCGAUGCACAGGAGAAACGCAUUGCUUCACUGGAUGCGGCCAACGCACGGUUAAUGAGUGCCCUUACUCAGCUGAAAGAGAGGUACAGCAUGCAGACACGUAACGGGAUCUCCCCCACAAACCCAACUAAAUUGCAGAUUACAGAGAACGGAGAAUUCAGAAACAGCAGCAAUUGCUGACCGCGGCGGGCGCUGCUGCAGGAGAGGAGGCCUGGCCGGAGAGACCGCGCAGCAGCGGGCGCGAGCUGCCGCGCGUCUGGGAACCGCUGCUCGCCCCCCCUCCAAGACACCAGCUCCUUGCGGACGGCGCACUUGACUGAUCCUCUGCGGGAGUCGCAACGCCGGCGCACCGAGGGGACGGCGAGACCGAGCUGUGUGAAAUGUGUGGCAUAAGGAAAUCCCCGUAUAUUUGCGAAUUGCUGUCACUGUUGGAUUUAAGUCAGUGUUUAAUGUUUAAGCAAAGUAACCUUUUCCUUCUCAAACUGCCCAAAGGACACGCCUCACAGUUCUUCCCGGCAAGUAAUAAAGGCCUGGUCAUUCCAGUAAGCGAAAUAAAAGGGCCCGGGGCCAAGCCUGCGCCAGGCACCUGGCCCCAAUCAGGCUAGUUAAAGUGUGUUAAAUAGGUAGGUUGCUGGUGGGAAAGCUAGCGGCUGGUUGGGAAAAGUGCUGAGCCCCUCUCCCGCCCGUUAGUGCGCAGCAGAUGACAAAACCUCCGCCCACGAGAACUAGCGUUUGCAGAGAGCCCGAACGUCUCUGGAGGGCCGGGGAGCUGCCUACCCGGCGAGGUAGAGCCGGAGAGAGCACUUCGAGGUGCCUUAGAGCGUGACGAGGUGGCGCAGAGUCCUUUCCAGGCUUUCCCUCUGCGGGCCCGCGCGCUCCCAGGCUCAGCCCACGCGUAUCACACCUAGGGGGGCUGCGCGGCAGCUGGACCGCGGGUCCUUCCCGUUGCCGUCUCCUUUGACCACCCAUUACAAGCCAAGCGAAGGCAGGGCGGCCCGGCCUGCAGCUGCGGGGCAGCGGGGGCUCCUGGGGAGGGGGCUCGCUAGGUGCAGCUUCUCCUCUCCCUUUCCUUUAAAACCACCUGCAUGAAGCAUGGAGGGCAACGGCCUGCACUGCAAGGGAGCAGCAUCUCGCUAGGCUUCCUGCGAGGGGGCAGAGCAAACCCCUCCCCGGCUCACCUCCCCGAGGUCCUGAGCUGCAGGGCUGCGAGCAAAGGGCCACCUGCAAACCGCUCAAGCAAAGAGCCCCCGUAGGACUCAGGGGAAGCAGGAACCCGUUUGCGUAGGGUGUGGCUGCUGGUUUGGAAGAGGAAAGGGUUAUUUGUGGGGAUGUCUGUUCUGUGCAAAGAUUUGUGCUAAUAAUUCAGGAGAAAAAACAAAACAGAAAACAAGGACCCUGAAGAACCAUAAAGAUUGGUAAUUGUAUUUCUUUUCUUUCACAGUAUGCAUUAGAAAAAAAAUCAGCCCAUUUUCUGGAAUACUGUCCUCUUUAAAUUGGGAGUGAGCACUGCAUGGAAAUUCCCCGCCUCGAAGAAUGUAAAACAUGGUCAUAAGGAACCGCAGCAGCCACCGCAAACCCCCAUGUCAGGAAGCACUGUGCAGACAUAAGCCAGGAUUAGACUUUCCUAACUGCUGAAACAAGCAGAUUCGGCACAUGCAGAUGCGCGUUGCUCAGCGGAGGGGUCACCUCCUUAACGGGGGAUUAUGCCACCGACCUGCUGCCAGUGCAGGUUCGUUGUUGUUCUUUUUUGGUUUUUUUUAAGUUAGUUCUUUUGUGAAUCCCGGUCUCAGAGCAGGUCUUUCCUACCGAGACCCAGAGAGAUGAUUUCACUGAGACAUGUGAUGUACAGUGUACAGGACAUCUGCCUCUCCUCCACCAAGCGCGUAAUAUGCUUACUGUAUGCUUGUCCUGAUCCCCCCAGUGCCAUGUUUAAAUGUACAGUCAGAAGGGACUAGGACACUCACUGAAUUCUGCCUAGCGUAGCUACCACCUCCAGCUUCACAGUUCCUACAUCGUGCUAGCAGCUGCAGUUUGCCACUCAAAACCUGUGUUUCCAUGCUGUCCCGCAACUCUCAGGCUCAUAAAAAAAAAAAAAAAAAAGAAUUAUGUCAGAAGCAAUUGUUUUAAAGCCUAAAGCUUCUUUUUUUCCAAAAGAGCUUCUCUAUCCCCCGGAAACCCCGGCCCGGGCCAGAGGUGGCUGCACCCGCGGCAGCUCCGGUCCUUGGAUACCUGAACAACGUGGCUGCGCACAGAGGUCUGCACACAUCAGGAAUGCCGGCCCAUCUCCUGAUUUAAAUUCACAGCUUGGCGCCAACAUAAAAAAAGAAACUCCUCAGAGGAAAGUAAUAACUAAAUAUUUAUGCCAAGUAAGGUCACCACUGCAUAUUGGAGCAUUAGCAGAGAUGGCUUUGAAGAAGCUCACAAAACUGACACUCAGAAUUACUGCGGAGAAAGACCCACACACGUUAGGACCAUACAGGGUACUGUGAACAAUUUGGUAUGUGCACUUUUAUCCACCAUUGUCUCGGUGUCAAAUACCUUCCGCCAACCCUGCAAAAAGAUGACUUUAAACAGCUGUUGCCCUGAGAUGUAUUUUUUUAAACCCGGCUAUUUUUUUUUUCCAGUACUGAAAUAUUCGUCCUCUGUGAGAUGGAAGCUCUCGAGAGAGAGACGCACACAAAUAGGAUGCAAGGAUGACAAUGCUAGCAGGGGGCGGAGGCAGGAACUGGUUUCCAUUCGUACGUGGACAUGCUAGGAAACUUUUUGGCUGCAAAAGGAGCGUGGUCCGUAAGAAUUAAAGGGGGGUGGGGAGGAUGCAAAAGCCACAAAACAACUGCCGAGUGCUGAAGCGAAGUACAGGUCCUCUUACCCCAUGGUUCCCCGACAAGCCCAGGCACCGCUCUCCUGGCUUCUCAGUGACUAGGUUAAUUCCUGGGUAACACCAGGCUCCCAAAUUAGAGCCCAGCGUUGCUUUUUUGGAAAGCAGACAGCCAUCCAUCAGGCCUUCCCGAUGAGCCCCCAGACCCGCAGAAGGGCCAAACCCAGCACCCACUGCUGAAGCUGUUUAGUUUCUUGAGCCAGUGCAACGCGCCCCCUCCCCAGUCCAGAGGAAAUCUCUCUUUAGCAAAGAAACCACCUCCCCCCAGCAAUGCUUGGAUCCAGGUCUGAAACCACCCACCUCAAAGCCCCGAGCGCUGCUCACCGAGGCUUUGCUUCCAGCCCAUGUCUACUGUUGCUCCAAAGCAUGUGUUCGCCAUGCCCAGGCCCGGGGUGCAUGCCUCCGGCUGUGCCCCAUGAGAUCUGGCCAAGCCCCGCACCUCACAGGGGUCCUAUCAUCCUGGAGCCAGUUUGGGGAGGUGCAUGCAGUAGCAGAGCAUGACCCAGCUACCCCAUGACCUGCACGCUUCACGCUGGUGCUCGGGGUCUGCGGGCACCGGGGAGCGCGUGCAGCACGGAGCGUGAUGCCAGCCUGGCGAUGCCCCUGUGACCGCGCUGGGUGUUUGCCGGUGGCGUGCCAGCCUUACCUACCAGCUGUGCAGAGGCGCGUGCUGCUUGUAGGCGCAGGGCCGUGACUGUAUUGUACUGCUGUUUAUGCCGGCGGUAGGCUCAGCCCAGCCAGGUCGGACCCAGAUCGGGGAUCUCAGCCAUCUGGUGGGGGAAGAGCCUGAUCUGGCUCCAGGAUGUGGGGGCUGGUCCAUCUCCAGGGCCCAGGGCUGCUUUUUGGGGCUUAGAGAGAGCACGAGGGAGGCGGUGGGGUCAGGGCCGCUUUCUGGUCUAAUAAGAGCAGACGGGCCAGGCUCUGUGCCCAAAGACCCAGGGCUAGCCUGGUCCCCGCAGUCCCAUUUUGGGAACAGCCACUCCCAGCAGUCACUUCCGUGUUGCACAGAAACGUUAGGCUCCACCUAAAAGAGAGCAGGGAACUCUGCAGUUGGGCUGUAGCCUUGUCUUUAGACAGGGGGAAGGGGUGUUUUUAUAGCACCUGCUUGCACUGCCAGUCAUACCCCUCCCCUUCCCACCCCCUGGUUUUUGGACUUACCUGUAUAAGUUUGCAUGUGAUGCUGGACACACGUGGCUGUGCAGGGAGCCACGGGCUGGCAGCCUCCCUGGGAAUUUUGCAAAGGGACUGGAUAUGCCGGGGCCCCACAAAGCAUCACAGCAUCUGCUCAUGCAACCAAUUCCCUGCUUUAAAACCUAAGCCACAAGGACUCGCUCUGUUUUGGCAGGGAGAGGGGCCAGUGGCCUUAUCCCAUCACCGAGUUCCUCUGGAGAGAGGCAGUUCUCUGCCGCCGUGGCUGAGCGCGGCUCUGACGCUGCCGAGGCCUGUGGGCGCACCGCGAGCCCUAACGGGGAGGUCAGGCCGGAGAAGCAGAGGUGGGGAUGCUCGCUGACAGGCAGCCGCAUGCCGCAGGACCAGGGCAGUGCUCUGCCCAGAGGACAGUCGCGUCGUCCACUCCCCCAAGCCCGGCUCCCUCGUAGCCGCUGGCUUUGCCCCGCGAGGCAGCCCGAGCCCAGCAGCACCCCUGCCGUGGCCCUGGGGUGGGGGGAGCUCCCCGCAGACCAUGGGCUAGGCCUCGCCCAUCCUCUGUCCCUCGGGGCUUGUAUCCCAGGCCACCUCCGCCCGCAGACACGUCACUUGGGUGCCUAGUGUCCUUAAGCUGCCUCAAGCUAAGGGGGGUCCCAUUCUGCCAGGCUCUAGGACUGGUCCACGUGCCCCAUGAGGAAGGGCAGCGUCGGCCACACAACUCAUGUCUGUAGCCGCGGCCUGACCUCAAGCAUCAGCCGAGCGUACCCGCCGCGCCCAUCGCCGAGCUGUCGUCCUGCCUCUUGGCUGGGCGCCGGCGCGGAGCCCGGCUGGGUUGGGGUGAGGAGGGGAAGACGUAAACCUAUCAAAAACAUGCUGAGCACAGGCUUUCCCAACCAAAUCCGGUCCGAGAGGACGCUACACAAGGCUCCUAACACGCGCGUGUGCUGGAAGAGGGUUUCAGUCUCACCAAUUGACUUUCACAGGCAACGUGAGCUGUGACAUCGCUGUAAAUUUUAUGUGGUUCUGCAUCAAUUACCGGUACCCCGAAGUGCAGUCUCCAUGGUCACAUAUUCCUUUCCCAUACAUCACUGUGUCUUAAGAUAUACCUCUCUCUCUGUCUGUCUGCUUAGGCUGAUCCUUGUUCCUGAUAAGCAGUCGCUAUGUUUUAUAUCCCUCUUAUAAAGAAAACAAAACAAAAAAAAAGAAAUGAAACCCUUUUUUUUUGUAAGUAUGUUUAAAAAAAAAAAACGACAAAAAACCCAGAACAAAACCAAGAGCAGUGGAAGUGUUUGCUGAACCUCCUUCAGCGUCUUUUAAACUAUGUAAUAAUGUACAGAGAAAGUCGUUGGUGUUCGAAGACAUGAUGUGGCUGUGCAAUUUAUGUACAUUUGCAAUUAGAAAUAUUAAAGAUUUAUUUAGCUAUUUUA